GAUAGGGUAGAGCACGUGCUUCAACAAGAAGCACAGAUUUUAUUCAAUCGCCAAUAGUCAAUUUCGUUCAUCCUCAUAUCACAAAUCUUCUUUUGGAAUCAAAGCAUAGAAUAACAGUAGAUUCUACAAAGUUCCAUUCUUUGAUGGAACACCCAACACAAAUUUCACAAUUGAUAGCAGUCCUCAAAACAGUUUGAAUUAACUCAGCACAACCUUAGAACAUAAGAGAAAAAAAAAGAAAAAAAGAAGCAGCUUUCCAGUUCCCCCUUUAUCCUCUGAAAUGCCCACCAUUGAUUUAAGCAGAACACCUUUAUGUGUCACUCUUUUUCCUUCUUUUCAACAAGGACCCAAGAUUCAAUUUUCCCUUACAAAUUCAUCUGUUAAUUCGUUUUUGUAUAGUUUCAAACCCAAACGAUUUCAUUUCUUGAAACCAUGUUCUUCCCUAAAGGAAACCAAGAAACAGCAGACCCUUUUGAAGACACCAAACAAAUCUCCUCAGAGUUUCAGGAGAUUGCUUAACUUGAACCCCAAAAAUGAUGAUGGUGCGAGUGAGAGGGAUAGUGGGUCAGGAGAUGAUGAUACUGCUAUUAAAGGUACCAUUUUGGCUGGUCUUUUGAUUGUGGGUGUGAUUGGUGGAUUUGGAACUGUUGGGUACAUAUACAAGGACCAGAUUAAUGUUUUCUUGAACCAGUUUUCUGGCAUUAUUGAAGGUUAUGGGCCAGCUGGAUAUGCUCUUUUUGUUGCAGUUUAUGCUGGACUAGAAAUCCUUGCAAUACCUGCCAUUCCGUUGACCAUGUCGGCUGGUCUUCUAUUUGGCACUGUCACUGGGACCAUCAUUGUUUCCAUUGGUGGAACGGUGGCGGCAAGUGUUGCGUUCUUGAUUGCCAGAUAUUUUGCUCGUGAACGUAUUCUUAAGCUGGUCGAAGGGAACAAGAAAUUUCUCGCAAUAGACAAAGCAAUUGGAGAAAAUGGUUUCAAAGUUGUUACUCUUCUCCGUUUGAGCCCUUUGCUUCCAUUUUCUCUUGGGAAUUAUCUUUAUGGACUUACUUCAGUCGAGUUUGUACCAUAUGUUCUAGGAAGUUGGCUUGGAAUGCUUCCUGGAUCAUGGGCUUACGUGAGUGCAGGUGCAUUUGGCCGUGCAAUUCUUCAAGAAGGAUCUGAAAUCGGCCUAGGAGGAAACCAGCUAUUGACCCUUGGAGUUGGUUUAUUGUUUACAGCAUUUGCUGCAACUUAUGUAACACGGCUCGCUAAGGACGCUGUAAAAGACAUUGAGUAAGCAGAAUUAUUUGUGCCCUAACCAAGUAGAGUUUACAUGCUCUUUUAUCAACAUGCACAGGCGCACUCGUGUAAAUUGAAAAACGAUAUAUAGUUGAUGAAGUCAGAUAGGACAAGUUGAGAUGUAUCAUAUCCUUUUUCUAAUGCGUAGCGUUCAAGCAUUGCGUUGCCAAUAUCUCCCUUCAACUUCCUCUGCUGAACUCUUGUUAGGGGAAACAGAAAGGAUUAAUUAACCCCUACUUGUGCUUAAUGUUGUAGCACAAUUGUGAUUUUAUUUGAAUUGUAUUAAUCUAACUCACUUGAACUGUUGAGAAUGAACAUUCUUAUUCCGGGCA